AUAUAGGGCACCGAUUGACGAAUUUACCAAAACAGAGAACACUGGUCGUCGAAAUAAGUAAAAUUACAAAUCUGUGGCGAAAUUUUGGUUGAUGAUUACUUCUUGAUUUAAAAAGUUUGACCAAAAAUCAUGGAUGAAGAGAGUAGCAGUAAUCCUACUAAUAUGAAAAAGUCUGAUUUUAUGAAAUAUUUAAUUAAGAAUCUACAAUUUCUGUGCCAAGGCCAUGUUCCUUUCAGCAAGAAAAUUGAAGUGAUAGGACACAUAUACUUGAAUGUUGAUGAUAAUGCUGUAAAAUACAACUAUUUUCUCAAUGAAAUAGUCACGAAAACAGACUCAAGUGACCCAUCAUUUACAAGUAACAGCUUUCAAGCAAAGCCUGAACAAGAAAAUUACAUCAAUACGCAACAGCCAUUCACAUCUCCACAAGAUAGUGAAAGUUCCAGUUCUACACCAUCCAGAUCUACCGGUACACCAAAAGUUCAAAUUAUUCAAACAGAAACCAGUUCUAGUAUUCCUACAGAAAAUGACCAGUCCCCACUUUUCUUGCCCAAAAUAAUAAAUGUUCAAUCAGUGCCUCAGAGUGAUGUUAAGAACACCGAAGCAAAAUCAGAAACAAAAAAUAUAAGUAUACAUGUAUCCACUCCUAAAAUUGACAGUGUUGUAAGUUUAGCUCCCAAGGUGGCACCAGAUGCAUUUACUUCAGUGAGUGAAAUUUUAAAAAACAUAAAGAAAGAACCAGUCGAGGAAAGUUUAGAUACAGUUGAUGCUUCUAAUUCGGCAUCAAGACGUAAACGUAAACCCGAUCACACAACUAGAAUUGACUUUUCCUCUGUGAAAUUAGAACCUGUUGAGCCAUCAUCGCCAAGCAGCAAUAAUAUAGCAUCCAAAAAACCCAAAAUAAUGAAACCCAGACCAACAUCUGCAGCAAUUUUGUCAAGAAAGCCAAAGCCUAAAACACCUCAAACUGAUGAUAGUUCACAGUCUUCCUUGGGAGAUGAUGUUCCUGUUCAUUUUGGCGAGGGAUUAGGUCUUGGCUCUGAUGAUGGUAGUAUUUUUCCAGUCGGUUUAUUAAGAAAUUUAAAUACUUCAUUGGAUGGGGCUGGAACAUCAGAUGGAUUUUGGGUAAAUCUCCAAGGACAGGCUGAUCAAAGCAAGAAAUUACCAAUGUUUGCUCCAGGAAAGAAAAGAGGCACCUAUAAUUUUUACUCCCAGGAAGAAAAGCAUAAAGCAGUAGAAUUGGCAGCACAGUUUGGUAUAGCACCAAUUUGUCAAAGAUUUGACAUACCUUCCAGUACUUUAUGGACAUGGAGGAAACAAUUUGAAAAAUACCAGGAAGCAAAAUUAGAUAAAGAAAAGGAAACAUCAGAAAGCGAGAAAACAAAAAUAAAAAUUGAACCAGGAACAACUUAAUCUUGUUUGCUGCAACUUGUUAAAAGGAGAGUGGUUCAUUGCUUUGAUUAAUUGUUAAAAGUUAUUGCCCCUUUAUGAAUUUCAUUUCUGAACAUGGUCACAAGUUUUAAUAUAGCAAUUUGAUCUGCACUGUAUGGGGAUACUCGAUUGAACAUUCCGGAAUUGAAUUGUCUCAAUCCCAAGAAGGGUGACAAUGGAGUGAAAGGGUGGAAUAUGGGUUACAGCUGAAACAUAUCUGUUGUGUUUAAUUAUACAUUACGAUUCUACUCACACCACCUCUGGUGUGGGGACUGGCAGAAUUUUGACAGGUCUGAAUUCCAGGUCACUGGAUUGCAAUUCUGUAAAUUCAGGACGUUCUGGACUGACAAUCAAGCAUCCCCAAUAUGUUUCGUAUUUUUCUUCAAUCAAACGUGCUGACAGUGUUUUAUUGUGUGUGCAUACAUUAAGAUGUAAAAAUGUCAUUUGUUUAUAAACUUACAUUGUACGUGUAACUAGUCCUGUAUAAUAUUUCUAUAAUAGGAUGUAAAAGAAACUGAAUUUUAUAUAAAAAGUAUGAAAUAUUUUUUUAGCUGGUGCCCAGUUCAAGCAUGUUUUAUGUACAUAUUACAACUGCAUUGUAUACAAUGCUAUGGUGACACAGUGAAUGAAGUGCUACUAAAUUAGAGGUCAUGAGUAGGAGGAAACGCCAUUGUCGGGUAAAAUUUACCCUCAUAGCACAUGGCAUAUGUCCUCUAGAUCGGUUGGUGCAAACAAGUAAGACGUUAAACCCCAUUUCGUGUUUUUGUCAAGUAACCAAUAUUGUCAUCUAUUGGAACUGUACAUAAUUUUCUCCCUGUAUAAAUGUAAGUGCAAUAGAUAUGUUAUGUACAUGUUUAAAUUUGCAUGUCAACAACCAUGUUUACAAAUGAAUGCAAUAUUGAUUAGUAUUUAAGAUGUAUUCCUUGGGGUCAGUUAUACAUGUAUAAUACAUAGAAUCAGGGGAAAACCUGUAUUAACUUGAUAAUCCCAUACAAUAAAUAUUUAAUAUGUAGAUAUUUAAUAUGCUUUUAAAGGACAGUAUUGGUGUCGGCCAUUAUCACAUAUGUGAUAGAACUUAAACUUGUUCAAAAUAUAAUUUUAACACAGAGAUCAUUGCUACAAUAGAUUUCAAGAAAUGAAAGUGAUGAAAGCAAAAUGAAAAUACAAGUUAUCCUUCUAUAUAACUGACUGAAGUAACAAGCAACAACAGAUACAUGGGCGAAUUUCUGCUCACUGAUA